AUGCCGCUGAAGCGAGACGAUACUCAGCGAGCGCUGCGGCUGAUGGAGGCCUGCUCCGAUGGGGUCAAAGGGAAGGAGGCGGAGAAACUGCUCAACAUCUUCCAGAGUGACUUGUUUCAGGCGUUGCUCGACAUCCAGGAAUUCUACGAGCUAGCGGUGUGCGAAAGCCACUCGGCGAGCCCCCCGACGACACCUGUCCAGAAGUACCGUUACCAUGACGACGACGACCAGCCGAGCCCCGGAAACAUGACCGAGGGACACGCCCCCGAGUUGCCGCGCGCACACCUGGACACGCUCGCGCAGCCCGCCGCCGCGCUCACCAUGAACGGAUCCGAAGGAGAGCUGGAGUAUGAGGAGAUCACGCUGGAGAGGGGAAACUCCGGUUUGGGCUUCAGCAUCGCGGGAGGAACCGACAACCCUCACAUUGGAGACGACCCGUCCAUUUUCAUCACCAAAAUUAUUCCCGGAGGAGCCGCCGCACAAGAUGGGCGUCUGAGGGUGAACGACAGCAUCGUGUUUGUCAACGACGUGGACGUGCGCGAGGUCACGCACUCGAUAGCCGUGGAGGCCUUGAAAGAGGCGGGGCCCGUCGUGCGGCUCUACGUCCUGAGGCGACGCCCGCUUUCGGAACACGUCACCAAGAUCAAGCUGAUGAAGGGACCUAAAGGUUUAGGCUUCAGCAUCGCCGGUGGGAUCGGCAACCAACACGUGCCGGGAGACAACAGCAUCUACGUCACCAAGAUCAUCGAGGGUGGCGCCGCGCAGCGGGACGGGCGCCUACAGAUCGGCGACAAAAUCCUCGCUGUCAACCAUUUAUCUCUAGAGGAUGUCCUGCACGAAGACGCCGUGUCGGCCCUUAAGAACACGGGCGAGGUGGUCUACCUGAAAGUGGCCACCCCCGCCUCGCAUUACAUUCACCCUUCCGAGCGAUUCAGCCCUCCGGACCUCACCGGCUCCUACAUGGAGCCGGACUACAUGUGCGAUUACCCGCAAGCCCUCCCGCCACCGUCCCCGCGCCGCUACUCUCCGCUCCGCCGCGGCACCAUGGGAGAGGACGACUACGGUCGAGAACCCCGCCGUGUGUGCGUACAGCGCGGCGCCAGUGGCCUGGGUUUCAACAUCGUGGGCGGCGAGGACGGCGAAGGGAUCUUCAUCUCCUUUAUCCUUGCCGGGGGACCGGCGGACCUUAGCGGAGAACUCCAGAAGGGCGACCAGAUCCUCAGCGUGAACGGCGUGGAUCUCCGGUUCGCCACUCAUGAACAGGCCGCGGCGGCCUUGAAGAACGCAGGUCAAAAUGUGACCAUCGUGACACAGUACAGACCUGAAGAAUACAGCCGUUUCGAAGCCAAGAUCCACGAUCUGCGCGAGCAGAUGAUGAACAGCUCGCCAGGGAGCUUGCGAGCCAAUCGCAGCUUCUACGUCAGGGCCUUGUUCGACUACGACAAAACGUGGGACUGCGGUGUCCUGUCCCAAGCACUGGACUUUAACUUUGGGGAGGUCCUUCACGUGAUCGACAGCUCAGACGACGAAUGGUGGCAGGCCAGGCGGGUCAACCAGCAGGGAGAGCUGGAGGAGUUGGGAUACAUCCCUUCCAAACACAGGGUGGAGAGAAAGGAGUGGUCCAGGAUGAAGGUUCAAGGUCUGGUGCAGAGCUACGAAGCAGUCGCGCAGACUGAAGUUGACUACGCCCGACCUGUGAUCGUUCUCGGGCCCACUAAAGACAGAGUCAACGACGACCUGCUCACAGACUUCCCGGACAAGUUCGGUUCCUGUGUUCCACAUACGACUCGUCCCCGAAGGGACUACGAGGUGGACGGGCGCGACUACCACUUUGUGUCGUCGCGCGAACAGAUGGAGCGCGACAUCCAGUCGCAUCACUUCAUCGAGGCGGGCCAGUACAACAACCACCUGUACGGCACGUCGGUGCAGAGUGUCAGGCAGGUGGCCCGGCAGGGCAAGCACUGCAUCCUGGACGUGUCGGCCAACGCCGUGAGGAGGCUGCAGGCCGCGCAACUCCACCCCAUCGCUAUUUUCAUCCGACCGCAAUCCCUGGAGAACAUCCUCGACCUCAACAAGCGUCUGUCCGAGGAGCAGGCCAGGAAAGUUCUGGAUCGAGCCAUGAAAAUGGAACAGGACUUUCUGGAGUGUUUCACGGCCAUCGUCCACGGGGACAGCUUCGAAGAGGUGUACCACCAGGUCAAAGUUGUCAUCGAGGAACAGAGCGGCCCUUACAUUUGGGUGGUGACCCGCGAGCGGCUCUGA